ACUGAGUAGUCGAGUUGGCUUUAUUUACCGAAUUUCUUUUUUGUGUAUCAAAAUUUAAUAUUAUUAGUUUUGUUCUACUAACUUAAAAUUCUAACAAUAUGAAUCCUGUAAACCAGAUUGUCAGAGCCACCCUGCCCAUAUACCGCAAGCUGUCAACAUCGGCCACAACAUUAGCAGCACCAAAAGCCAUACCGACUACUGGAGCAUGCUUUGAAUUGAGCGAGGAACAAAAGGCCCUGCAAGAUUUGGCGAGAAAGUUUACCAAAGAAGAGAUUAUUCCCAAAGCCGCCCAAUAUGACAAAACCGGAGAGUAUCCCUGGGAGAUCGUUAAGAAGGCUUGGUCCGUGGGACUCAUGAACGGACACAUUCCAGAACACUGCGGGGGAAAUGGUUUAGGUGUUAUGGAAAGUUGUAUAAUCUGUGAAGAAACAGCAUUCGGCUGUUCAGGAAUUAUGGCAGCCAUUUAUAUCACUGAUGUCGCUCAAACUCCAGUUAUUAUUGCCGGCAACAAGGAACAGCAGAAGAAAUAUCUUGGCAGACUAAUCGACGAACCUUUGGUCGCGGCGUACGGUGUAACAGAGCCGGGCGCGGGUUCGGAUGUUGCCGGCAUCAAGACCAGAGCUGAGAAGAAGGGUGACGAGUGGAUCCUCAACGGACAGAAGAUGUGGAUCACCAACGGAGGCGUUGCUAACUGGUACUUCGUGUUGGCGAGGACCAACCCGGACCCCAAGUGCCCGGCCAGCAAGGCUUUCACCGGCUUUAUCGUGGAGCGAGAUUGGGCUGGAGUCAUCCCCGGACGCAAGGAACAAAACAUGGGCCAGCGCGCAUCGGACACUCGCGGUAUCACGUUCGAGGACGUGCGUAUUCCCAAGGAGAAUGUUCUGAUCGGCGAGGGAGCCGGAUUCAAGAUCGCUAUGGGAGCCUUCGACAAGACUCGCCCACCGGUGGGUGCUGGUGCGACUGGCUUAGCCGCGCGCGCUCUUCACGAGGCCACGAAAUACUCGCUGGAGCGCAAGACGUUUGGCGUGCCAAUCGCCCACCACCAGGCUGUGGCAUUCAUGCUGGCAGACAUGGCUAUGGGCGUCGAGAUCUCGCGGCUGGCAUGGCAGAAGGCGGCCUGGCUCGUUGACCACGGUCAAAAGAACACCGUGAUGGCUUCAGUGGCGAAGUGUUUCGCAUCGGAAGUCGCGAAUAAAUCGGCCUCGGACGCCGUCCAGAUCUUUGGUGGUAACGGCUUCAAUACCGAGUACCCGGUCGAGAAACUGAUGAGAGACGCCAAGAUAUACCAGAUCUACGAGGGAACAUCGCAGAUCCAGAGGCUGAUCAUCUCCCGCGAGAUUUUGACCGAGGCCAAGAAUAGCGCCUAAGUAACAUCAACUACGAAUAAUAAAACUAAAGAAGCGUAACCGUGUCAAAAAAUUUGUC